GGGAGCAAACGCCGACGGCCGGCUCGCAUCUGAUUGGCUGAGCGGGAAGAGGUCGGAGGUCAGAGGUCAGAGGUCGCUCUUCUCCUUCCAAGAUGGCGGCGACGCGCGCCUCUCCCCGGCGGGUGUUCGAGCUCUUCGUAUCCCGCAUCCACUGGACUCUGGCCACGAGGGAACUCAGAGACUAUUUUGCUCAGUUUGGGACUGUAAGAAAAUGCAUGUUGCCAUUUGAUAAAGAAACAGGAUUUCACAAAGGCUUUUGCUGGGUUGGAUUCUCUUCAGAAGAAGGCCUUCACAAUGCAUUACAGAAGGAAUCCCAUAUCCUAGAAGGAGUCAAGCUCCAGGUUCGACGGCAGAAACCCAGAAGUUUUCGAAGUCAAUAUGCAAAUGAAGGAGUAGCUGACAUAAGUUAGCAGCAGCAGGAGACUUUAUUUCACUAACAUGUAAAGAAAGUCUAAAAUAAACAUUACUGAGGG